UGAUUAGAUUCUAUAUCAGAUUAUCAGCACUUUGAUGUAUGUUGCAGACUUGCAGUUUAAAUGUUUAAUUAUCAAAAUUAUCAGAUUAUCUGUAUGAGUUGUUUUUUUUUUUUUUUUUGGGUGAAAUUUCUUGAUUUUAUAUUGUGGGUGUUUCAGGAGAGCUGAUAAAUCAUAAAUGUGAUAAUUUGAUUGUUUUCUGUAUUAUUUACUGGGCUCUGAUUUAGCCGAUUUAGAGCUUGAAUGUUGUGAUUUGUGAAUGUGAGUUGUGGCUGGAUAUUUGACUAUUUGAGCCCUAUUAUAGUCUUUAUAGAUUUAUAGUAUUAUUUCUGUUUAAUUGGUAAAUGAUAAUAGUUGUCCAACCUUCUUAUUAGCUAUUGAGAAUGGUGAUUUUGUUGUUUUGGGUUUGAAAUUUAGUGGGGAAUCGCUAAUUUGGAGAUUUGGGGUUGAAGGGUGGACUGAAAUUGAGGUUAAUGGGCUUUCUUUUGAUGAUAUUAUUAGUUUUAAUAACCUUGAGAGAACCCUUCUUGUAUGAUUUAUCUAAUUCAACCUUUAACUUCAAUUUCAGAAUGAAAAGAAAAACAACUCGAGAUAUUUCAAGUUUUUUUACUAGAAAAGUGUCUACUCUAAAUCCUCCUCCUCCACAAAAUGAUCCUCCUCCUCCACAAAAUGAUUUACCUUCUCAAGAAAGUGAACCAAGUACUCCUUUACAUCAUGCAAGUGAACAACAUUCUUCCCCAUCUCACAAUUUCCCUCAAUAUGAAGAUGGGCAAUCUUUUCCCCAAGGUGGUUCGGAUCCUAGUGCUCAAUUUGUUUUACAAUGUUACCAUGGAUGAUAUUGUAAAUCGUUAUCAAAAUAUGAAAACUCGUCGAGAGCAAUUGUAAUAAAAUUAGUAAUUUUUUAGUCGUAAUACGAAUUUGCAUUACUUUAUAAAAUGAACUUUUUUAUGUUUUUUUUUUCAUUAUACAAGUUUUGACUAUUUUUUGAUACUUUAUGCGGUCGAUGGACGAUGAUGGGACAACCUGUUAAUCAAAUCCUGGAUCCGCCACUGGUUACUUGUUGGCUCUUUACAAUUAUAAUAAUGCUAGGGGGUGGGUGAGGCAUCAAUUCACAAACUAGCGGUGUUGAAGAAAAGAGUGCAUGCAAAUGGCAAGCUGCUACAGCACAGCAAUGGUUGCAUUUAGAACAGGAACAAACAUGCUAGUUGGUAGUACGAGAAGCACUACUGCAAUUCCUAGUUUGCUCAUAAAGAAGCGAGAAAGAUGUAAUUACUCUAUUAAAUCUUCCUCUUUUGAUCCACCUGAUGUGGGUCGGUUGGCUGAAACUGCUCGUAUCUCUCUCACCCCCCAGGAGGUUCAAGAAUUUGGUCCUAAAAUUCAGCAAGUCGUUGAGUGGUUUGGACAACUUCAAGCUGUUGAUCUUGAAAGUAUUGAGCCAUCCAUUCGUUCAGAAAUUGAUGGUGACAAUUUACGGGAAGACAUCCCUCAAACAUUUGACAAUAGAGAAGCUAUUAUAGCUGCAAUUCCCAGUUAUGAGGAACCAUACAUCAAGGUGCCGAAAAUUUUGAACAAAGAGUAACAGCAGAUAAGUUUUUUUUGUAUCAAGAAUCUUCUGAAGAUGUUCAACGAUUUUAGGAAGAACAAAAUCGAAACUAGGAAUGAAAUGCUUCAACUUGUAGUUAUUGCCACAGUAGUGGCCUGUCUGUGUUUUGGCUGAAUUCAAGAAAUUCAGAUCUCUAGGGAGUCAUUGUAAUCUGUCUAAGAGUGAAUCCACCUGUAAAAUGUGAAGACCAUCUUUUUUCCAAAACCAGUGUAGUUUCAGCUUGUGAUUAUGAAGCUGUGAUUUCCUUUCCCGUUGUCAAUCUAGUAUUGACUCUGGCUGUGAAAUCUUUAAAAUUGUUUUCUUCAUUUUGUACGUUGAUUUUUUUUACUGAAAAAUCUAUAGUUCAGUACCACAAGUUUAUGGACUCUGGCUAUGCUCA